AUGGCUGCUCAAUCAAAGCUCGGCAGCACUUACGAAACGAUGCUGGCAGAACUCUUCCGUCUGAUGGCGGACUGCAUGCCGUUGGAAAGUGUCCGUUCUUUCCGUCUCACCGCGCGUGCUGUGACGAACUCCGUUGACGACGUCUACCUUUUCACCCGAUUUUAUGCCAUUUUUCCAGAAUUGCGGAAAUUCGGGGACGACUUUGCCCUUGCUCUCGUCCGAGCUCGUGAAGACCACUCCAAAGCCUGGAACAAUUUCCUAACGGAUGGAUCCGGGUUAAAGCUUAACAUUCAUUCCUUUUUCAAAACGGCAAUAUUGAAAAGAGACACAACCAUGAUCGCGUGGAUUUUGGUGGCGGCAGAUCAUCUGAAAGGCAGCGUGCGCUUUCACUUUGGACGGGAGUGUUGCUAUAUGACGGUCGCAGACGAAUGGUACCUUGGAACCCAUAUGGCGUGGACCUUUUUACGAAACGCGUGGGCCGCCGUUGAUGGGAUUGAAGGACGAUUUCGGGGCACGGGUGUUUGGUUGCAUUGGUUGGGUGAAGUCGUUUGUAAAUUGCCAGAUGAAGGAAAGGAGACAGCCUGUUUUCAUUUCCUACGGAAAUGUCUCCAUGACAUGGUGAAGAGACCUUGGGACAGUGCGGACGUUCAAAUCUUCCUUGACGCUUUCGAAGGGCGGGCGCAAUCCGGACUCACCGCGCGAGCCAUGGAUGCUGCUCGCGGCGCGGGUAUCACAUUCGAUCUGACCAAUUUGCAGACGCACUACUCGCACAGGGAUUUUUUGAAUGCAGAUAAGGGCCGACGUACUUCAUCGCACCGACUGGUGCUUCCAUGGAUAAAGAUGCAUAGUCAAUGGGAUGGGGUAGAUAUUGUGCCAUCGAACCCUAAAUCCCUCCACGACCGAGCCCGUGGCGUCCCGCGCGACGUAGGCGCGCUUCAGACCGAGCACGUCGGGAGUGACGGUGAUCGUCCCGUCCACCGCCGUCUCGUCGUCGCCCUAGGCCGCCAGACGUACGAAUUCGCCUACAGCGUACGGCCCGGAAGCGCAGUAUCCGGGAUAGCGCUUCCCACGGCCCGGAAGCCUGUGAGUAUCCGGGCGGAUAUUCACAAGCUACACGGCUCGGGUAGUUCCCACGCCUCCCAGCGGCAUGCGGAACAGGUUCCACGCCCGCUACGACCCGGGCGUGGCCCGGCUGGAACAGCGGUCCCGUGUCUGUACAGGAUGGCCCGGGUGGACACGGACGACCAGUACGUGCGCCUUCCACGGAAACUGGUCGACACUGCUUGGAGGUCUCCCUUUCGGUUGAGUAAUCCAUUCAUUCCAUCAUUCCACCGAAGUCCACGUACCGAAGUUGCAAGCUCGUUGUUUCCCAUCGAGGAGACGACACCGUCCAACCUUCAGAAAAGGAAUAACCAUGGGCGGGUCGGAGAGUACGGAGACUACUUGAUGAUUCGACAAGUCACGCCUUUCUUCACGGUUAGGCAUGCAAACGACUCAACCGCCGGGCAUCCCAGUUUCGGUGGGGAAAUAAGCGAUUUACAGUCAGGGUUGUCGUUUACCCUGGAGGAUCAUAGUUAG